GCAACUGCUAUGUUUGUAAUGUGAAAAAAUGGCGACUUGGCAACCAUAGACUAAAAGAAACUCAAAUGUAGUGAAACAAAGAACUAAAAGAAAUGGCAUCAAGUGUCACUGAAGAUAGUAAACUACCAUUUGUUGUUAGCGGCAGGAGCUACUUAGUUUCACCUGUUCAGUCCCAGAAAUGGAAAAAUUCUUCACCAAAGGAAGUUGCAGCAAACUGGGCUCUUGAGCUUAGAAACAGGAUCAGAGAAAAUGUUGAGUGUCAUGAGGACGUUAAUGAGGAUGACAUAAUGAGCCUUAAAAAAGAAUUGAUUGCAGUAUUCAUCACCACACUGCAGACAGAUAGCCGAGCUCAGUGGUGUAUAUUUAUUGAAACACUUGCACUCCUGGAGCCUUUCAAAGAUUUUUUUGACUACUUUGAAACUAAAGCUGAGUUUCACCACUAUUUGGAGCGUGUCUUACACCAUGUCCAUGUCAACAAGAGCAGGUUGUUCGACCUCCAUGUGGAGGCAACUCUCAUCAAGAUUUUCCCAGAGCAUGUUAAACUGAUCAAAGCUCAGGGUUCAACUCCCACCAAGAACUACUCCACACCAGUGGUACCAGUGCAUGCCCCCAUCUCACCUGUCAUCAAGAAACAAAAAGAGUCACCAUCACCAAGGGGACACACCUACCCUUCAAACCUACUGCCAGAUGGAACUAACCCAUAUGCAAGAUGCAUUCCUAGUGAUGCCAAGGUCCUUCCAGCUAAGCAGUUGUCAAUUCGAGAUCUCAACAAAUCUAUGGCGGAUGUGGCUUUAGAAAUGGCAGCAAGGGAGUCUGUUUGGAGCCACUCACUUGGGACUACUGCCCUUGCUUUAGCUACAGCCUUAUCUGAAGAAGAAAAAGAAAAAAGCUUGCCAGAAAAAUCUAGUUUCAUCAAUCUGCCACAAGUGCCAUUGUCACCUAGAGUGGAAAAAACUCCACGGCCAGCACCAAAAAUGCAGGAAGAGGUCCCAAUCAUGAAUGGACGCGAGGCAGUCCAGUAUUUUGCUGGCUGUCACCACAUGGGUCAAGUCAAAUCUUUGUACCUCAACCUGGCGCCCAACAGACACUACCAGCCAUACGACCUCAUCUCUGUGCCUAAAGCUUUGGUCAAUCCAGAGCAUUACGUAUUCACAACUUUUGGUGUCCUCCAUGUUUAUCCUGACCAGCCAUCAGAGACCUUGACCCUGGCUGAAUGGCAAAGAGAAGCUGUGCUAUGGAAGGCAAUAUCAAACAUUCCAUUUUUCAAGAAGUAUUUAAUCACCAAAGCAUUUUUCAGGUGGAAGACAAACAAGAAAUUUAUAGACUUUCAGAGAAGGCUGAAGAAUUUGGAGAUGAAUCUCUUAUCUGCUUUACCUCCCUUUGGGGCUGCACUUCUCCAGAUCUCUAGAUUAUUAAAAGAAUUAACAACAGUUCCACUUUUGCCUACAGAGAUAAGCAAAACAUACCAGCUUGGAGAGUUUGAGAAUAGUAUCAACUUCAAAAAUAUUCAGGCAGAAAAAUUUUUGGAAAGGUUUUUCAAGUACACGAAGAUGGUAAUUGAAUUCACUGUUGAUGAAUCUUUCAAAAAGUUGCAGUAUUGUGAGGAACAAUUAAAGAAAAAAACCUUUUUCACAAAAGAUUCCCUGUCAUUACAGAGGACAAAAAAAGAGGAGAGAGAGAAGAAUUUGGCCAAUGCUAAAAGAGAAGCAGGUUUUUUGGGUAAUUUUGUGAAGUUGGUUGAUCAGUUGAUAGUGGAGCACAUGUUUGAAAUUUCCAAAACACAAACCAUCUGUUUCAUUCAUGAAAUUCUGGAGUCUGGUGCAUCUAGAGAUGGCUUCUUUAAAGGGAAACUACUCUUUACAAAUGAUGGGAUCCUCACGUUAUACCCAGCUAAAGAACGCUUCCAGAAAGUUCUUAGUUCUGCACUUACAGCCAUUCCCAUGCUGCUGGCAUCCAAAGCUAUUUUUAGCUCAUCAAAUGAGGAAACAGAAGAGACAGACUCAAGAAAUGGUGAUGUCAAAACACAAGACAAGCUUUCUCAGACGUACUCCAAGCUAAAUUCUUCCCUCACUGGCUCUCAGACCAGCAGAUCAGAUAAAUCUGACAAGUCUUCUCAAGCUGGCAGUGUCUGUCUCUCACCUGAAGCUAAUCUAUCAUUGCCCACCUUCCAUCAGCAAAUGUUACCAACAAAGGAGGAGGAUGAGUUAGGAGUUGCAACCCCUGACCUUGUCAUCAUGCACACUGAUGAAGAGAGCAUACAAGUUGAAGGUCUUGGACUGAUGGGUCAAUACAACCCAUUGGCUAAAGCUAAUCUGGAAGAAAAGCUUUCCUUAGACACUGAAUAUCGAAUGGCAUUAGACAAGCAGAAAAAUUUGAUGUUAUCUGCCCUUGCUGACAUAGACACUUACUGUAAGAGCAAUGAUUGGCUCAAUGAAAUACAGCAGUUCUGCAUCAAAUGGACAGAGAAAAGUACUCAUGAAUUCAAAGGAGCAGCUGCAUUCACCAUUGAACAAAAACUCACAGAGCUUCGCCAAUGGUCUGAUAGAGUUCGGAACUUUGAUAAAAAUUACAUGACAGAAAAUGGUUUGAUUUUUGUGGACUGUAUGGCAGUACAUGACGGACUCCUGCCUCGGCUGAAUGAGAUUUACCAAGAGCUCAUCUCAUUUGUGGCUGAACAGGCAAAAUCUCUGGCACAAAAUCUGGCGGAAGAAAUGAUCAUCAUUUUGAAAAACCUGACAGACAAAACAACAGAUGUCUUGUCAUUUGCUGCCUUUGCCAAAAACUUCAGCAACUAUAAGAAAAAUACAGUCCAGUACCAACAGAGGAUUGAGUACAUCAGGUCACUCUAUGAGGUGAUCAGGAUGAGCUACAGACAGCUGACCCCCGAGGAAGAGAAAUGUGAGGAGAGAGUCUUGACCUCGUGGGAGAGUUUUCUGAUCAAGAUUCAAGAAGCCUCUGACUUUGUCAACACCCAGACCCCUCUCAUGCUGCAACAGCUCGAAACUAACUUCCAGAACCUAAAGAAGGAAGCAACCAGGCUCUCUGAGAUGGCAACAAGUGGCAAGUUUCUGGAUCCAUCUCAACAUCCUGGCACCAUUUUAGCAGACAUGAAACUGAUAAGGGAGAAGUUUUUUAGUGUUGAGCUGAAGCUUCAUGAGGCCAGUCAGUGUAGGGAAGCCAUCUUGGGAGAGGCAUACAACCUCAAGUUUUUGGGGGAAAUGGCGGUAAAAAUGAAUCUACGACAGGAGGUUUGGAAGUAUACAGAGGUCACUCAGGAUGCUAUCAAAGACUGGAAACAAAUGUCUUUCAAAAAGAUCAACAUGAAAAAGGUGGAGGAAAAAGUCUCAGAAUGGCAGGCUGCCACAGCAAGGUUAAGGCCACUGCUCCCUCCAGGUGACCCAGUUCUGCUAGCUUGGAUCCAGCAGAUUGAAGACUUUAGCAAACAACUUCCUGUCCUGAGUCAACUUUCUGAAGGUGCCCUGCAGGACCGACAUUGGCAGAAAAUUUUCCUGGGAAUGAAUGUCCCCUACGACCCCAGCCACCAGCUGUCUGUUGCAGAACUUUUGUCCUACAACCUGUCUGAGAUGUCCCACCUGGUGGAUGCCACCUACACCAGCGCUCUGUCAGAGAACAACCAAAGCCAGCGGCUCCAGCAGUUGGUCAACUUUUGGCAGGACAGGCAGUUCCAACUGGCCAAAUAUCUCCCUGACAGUAUGUAUAAAGGACAGGCCAAAUAUCUCCCUGACAGUAUGUACAAAGGUUGGUCAACUUUUGGCAGGACAGGCAGUUCCAACUGGCCAAAUAUCUCCCUGACAGUAUGUAUAAAGGUCAACUUUUGGCAGGACAGGCAGUUCCAACUGGCCAAAUAUCUCCCUGACAGUAUGUAUAAAGAAUCUUUGAAAAGAGCAACAUCCGGCACAACGAGGCCCAGCAAAUUGGAGCGGUACCGUCAGGAGAGGGCAGCAGCCCAGGCUGGAUCCAACAAAGCUCUGGAUGUAUCCACGGAUGACUUUUUUCUUCUCAUUGAUGUGGAUGAGCUGAACUAUUAUUUAGAGGAUAGUCGUAUCACAGUAGACACCAUGUAUACCUCACCCAAUGUUGGCACAAUGAAGGAGCAGGUCAGCUUCUGGUACCAUGCACUUAGGCAGAUCAAAGAGAUCACUGGCCUGUGGCUGGACUGUCAAAAAAAGUGGUUGUAUCUUGUAAAGAUCUUUGAACAACCUGACAUUUAUCAAAACCUGUCACAGCAUGCAGCAAAGUUUGAAGCAAUUCACAGCAAGUUCAAGGACUGGAUGCGAGUAGUCUGUGCUGACUCCAAAUGCUUGUCUGUGGUGAACAGAAGAAGGGGAGAAAAGGGCUACAGACUGCUACAGGGAGAUCACCUCAAGUCACUUUUUAUCUCCCUUAUUCAGGAGCAAGAGGAGAUCUUGAAGGAUCUGGCUGUGUAUGUGGAGAAGGCGAGGAACGUCUUCCAUCGCCUGUAUUUCCUCAGCGACGAAGAGAUUGUAGAGAUGUUGGGGGUGUCCAGAAACCCACAAGCUCUGCUUCCGUAUGUGCGCAGGUGUUUCCCCCAGGUGGAAAACAUGAAAUUUUCUCUCCCCUCCUCAUCUGGGGGUCUUAAAACACCUUUAGACCUAACCCUUAAUAGUGACAAGCUGGAAGUGGUGAGUGUUUUUGGUGCUUUUGAUGAGGAGUUGCCCCUGUACACCAAGGUGGAGCCAGCGUCAACAGCACCAAAAUGGCUGCACAGUGUCAAUCAGGUCCUAAAAAACACAAUGACGAUCAUACUCAAAGCCUGCGUUCAGGCUCGUAUUGAAGAAGGUACACGCCAGCCCAUAUUGAUCUUAGAAGAACUAGCCAGGCUAGGCAAGAGCGUACCAUUUUCUAAACAGGAGGAGAUAAGCCAGGAUAUCAAAUCCACAUUUCGCCACUGGCUGCUGAGGUUUCCUGUCCAGUGUGUCGUAACUGCUGAGGCUGUUAUCUGGGAGAGGUCAACUGGAAAAACUUUGGAGAAAAAAGACAAGGAAGAGUUGCGGCACCAGAGAUCAAAUCUCUGCUCCAAGCUAGACCAGCUGGUGGAAGUGUUGUGUGAAGUGCAGGCUCACACAAGUCUAGCCAGCAAUGACAAGCACAGGCUGUAUCUGCUACUGACUUCACUACUGACACAAGGAAUCUACCAUAGGGAUAUCACUGACAGUCUGCUAGUUACCAACCAAGUGACAGACACAGCUUACGACUGGCUAAAAAUCCUGAAAUUUAGAAUGGAGAUAAGAAAUGUCUUGAGAGCUAAAACUGUCGUCACAAACAACGCCCCUAAUGUCACACUCAACGUUACUAGCAAAACUGAUGAAAGGGUUAACAUGACACGGAAAGUGAGAGAUUUUAGAGGCCAACUAGCAGCUGAAGAGCUGCCCAGGACACAGACUACAGUGUCCACUGACUACCAGUUUAGCCCCUGUUACGUCCAGCAACUAAGCCAUGUCUUCAGCUAUGACUAUGAAUACCAGGGCCCCAGCAGCCCUUUAGUGGUCACUCCCCUCACAGAGAGAGCCUUCCUGGCUCUAGGACAGGCCCUGAAGAGCUUCCACUGUGGUACAUUGGUGGGGCCACAUGGCUCAGGGAAAACAGAAACACUGAAGGAACUGUCAAAGCUCCUAGGUCGCUGUAUGUUUACCAUCAGCUGCCAUGAGAGCACCACCCUGCCCCUCAUGCUGCAGUACAUGAGUGGCUUGAUACAGUCUGGCUGUUUUGUUUUGUUUGAUGACACUGACAGGUUAACCAGAGGUUUGUUGUCUGUGACCAGCCAACAGCUGGACUACGUCAGGUCUGCCAUCAGGACAUUAGAUAUGAGCAGUGAGAACCAGUAUCAAAUCAGAGGGCACUCACACUAUGAUAAAAAAUCUGGUGCAGGGGUUAUUCGACGCAACUCUCUGACUACCCUUCAUCCACUGCCUAAAGCAGAGAAUGAAACAAAAAGUUCUAUAGAGCGGCAAAAAACUGUUCCUCAUGGAUUCAAUGAAAAGGGUUUGGUGACAUAUUUUGAGGAUAGCUGGGUAGCAGAACGGGACCAAAGGCGGCACUCAAUAGAGAGAGAGAUGAAGAUUAAAGAAUCAGAUUUGUACAAAAGUAACAAACCUCCACCACUCUUUUAUGAACAUGUGAAAGCCAACAGAAGACGUUCACAGCCAGAUUUUUCCAAACUCAAUGCUGACCCAGCAUAUGUGCACAGAAUGCUUGGCAACAUCAUGUUCAAUGGCCGACUGAUCCAGGCCAGUUCAAACUUUGGUUGCUUCAUGACACUCAACACAGCUAACCCAGAAACUCAGGACAUUCCUUACAGUUUCAAGUUACUGAUGCGCCCUUGUGCCAUGAUAGCUCCUGACACCCAACACAUCGCUCAAGUUUUUCUACAAUCCAAUGGCUUUCACCAGUCCACUUUUUGGGCCAAAAAAAUCACAAUGCUCUUCAAGCAGCUUUACUCAGAGAUCUGGAGACCUCAAGGAUCAACCUACCUACACCAGAUAAAACAAGUUCUUGCUGUGGCUGCUGCUAAAAGGUUUGUCAUUCAGCAGCAAAUGACUUCCAAAAGUGAUGAACAGGAUCCCAGCCAACAAGAUACUGAAGUGCCAGAACCUGAAGAAAAAAGUCUGGUUUUUGCCAUCAAAGAAAUUAUCUUCCCCUGUUUCCAAGAUGAAGCUGAAAAGAACCUGUUCAAAGACCUGCUGUACCAGAUAUUCCCUCACACUGCUGCCUUUUUGGACCAGAAAAAUGUGUACACUACUAAUAUUCAUUGUGCUAUACAAGAAGUCAUUAAGGAAGAUCAUUUAGAGGUUAACCCUGUGUUUUUGAGCAAGUUGAGUGAGCUCCUGACAGCCGUCUGCUCCCCACACCCAGUGAUUCUGGUGGGUCAGUCAGGGAGUGGGAAAACCAAACUUUACCAGACUUUAGCCAGGGCCAUAAAUAUGCUGACCUACAAGCAGUUCCCAGACCCGCCUAAAGAUGACCCAACUACUGAGAGUAACCUCCCCUGUCCAGCUUUUAAGCACCCCAAGGUUGAUGUACUUCACCUGUUCCCAGGUGCCAUGACCCCCACAGAGCUGCUAGGCAGCUUCAGUGAAGGCGUUUGGUCAGGUGGGCUGAUAGCUAAAGUACUGCGAGACUCCUACAGCCUGUGGCUGUCAACAAGUCUGAUGUCACAAACCAGUGAGAAGAAAACCACAAAAACACUGGGGGAGCAGAUCCACGGAUUGAAGAGGUGGCUUGUGUUGGAUGGUGACCUUGACCCAGCUUGGACAGAGGGGAUCAAGACUUUGAUGGACGAUGAUAAAUUUCUCUCUCUGCCCAAUGGUGAGAGGGUGGCACUCAAAGAGGCCACAAGCAUUGUGUUUGAGACAACUGACUUGGCAUCCAUCUCACCCUCUCUGAUCAGCAGAUGUUCCGUCCUGUGUCUUGGUCCUGCGGCCACAACAUGGACCUCCAUCUACCAGCACUGGAGACAAAAUGCUUGCAACCAGUGGCUCCUGACUACGGAAGGAUUGCAACUGUUAGAUGGCCUGGUGCAUGACGUGUUUCCUCCAACUGUCAAGUUUGUCACCCAGAAUUGUCAGUCAGCACUGACAGCUGACAUUGGCAGAGAAGCAGCCAAUCAGAUAGCAGCUGGUGUGGCUGAGAUUUCAGGUUUUCUCCAGAUAUUCUCUGCCCUGCUAGACCGUUCACUGAACAGGGAGGUCAUGGAGAAGAAACAUAGACAGGGCAUGGAGCAUGACAGCAGAGGAGACAAGGACCGACCAAUGGGAAGCCGUCUAGCCAACACCUCUCAAAUUGAGGCUGUUGUACCCAAUUAUCUAGAAGUUUUGAAGAACUUGUUUUCUUUUUCUUUCAUCUGGGGUUUUGGUGGACACCUCCAUGACAGGUACAAGGACAACUUUGGCCAGUUUGCCUCCAAUGUUCUGUACCGCAGCACUCACUCCAUUCACCUGCCACUGGGCUGUGACAUCUUCGACCUGUAUGUGGAUGAAAAGUCGUCGACCUUCUUGAAAUGGACUGACAAGCAACCACAAGAUCGAAUUAAAAAUUUGGCUGGUUUUUAUGUAACACCAGAGGUGGAACGCUAUGCCUACCUGCUGGAACUUCUGAUGACAGCCCACCAGCCUGUUCUACUGACUGGAGCACCAGGUGUGGGGAAGACUUCUCUUGUGCGGAGUCUGGUCUUGUCCAAGAUGGCGUCCACCAUGGUUACCAUGGCACCCAGCAUCACCUCAUCCAUUCUUCUGGACCUGGUGACCUCCCACAUCAGCACCAUCCAGAACAAAAGCAAUGUCCAGGUUCCAGGAUCAAAACCCACUGGCACCCAUGACCAGUUGCGACACCUGUUUUUUAUUGAUGACCUCAACAUGGCACCAGCUGUGGGGGGUUACCAGCCCCCCCUGGAGCUGAUGAGAUGUAUCCUCACCACUGGGGCGCUGUACGACAAAAGACAUGUGGAGUUCCAGACGUCUAGGGAGGCAACUUUUAUAGCUGCAGCCACACAGCCAUCUGCUCCAGGUACUGGAUUAGGCAAGGCAUGUCAUGUGAUGUCAUCUCGACUGUCCAGACAGUUUCUGACACUGACCAUGUUCACUCCUUCUGAAGAUGGACUGGUCACCUUGUUCUCCAGACCUCUCUACACCUGGUUGGAAGAAUUCCCCACCUACUCCGUGGAACAUCCGCAUGAAUUCUCAAAGGCCAUGAGUCGAGCUGCCCUGGAACUCUACAAGUGUAUCAAGGAGAAGCUCCAGCCCAGCCCCACACAGCCCCACUAUAUCUUCACCCUACACGACCUCACCAAAGUCCUACAAGGCAUCAUGCUCAUGUCACCCCGCACCCCUUUAAAAAAGACAAAAACAAAGAAAAAAGAGAAAGGGAAGCAGGGACAUAACUCAGCGCCAAUGAUGCAAGUUAUUGCUCGACUCUGGUGCCAUGAAGUCUGUCGAGUUUUUGGAGAUAGAAUUAUUAACACUGAGGACCAGCACUGGUUCAGUCAACUACUGGAGGAGAAAGUGGUCAAACAUUUCUGUACACAGAGAGAAAGUGUCAGUGAUGAAAUAGUUUCAGGGGAACUGAAAUACAAGAGGGCUACACCAAUACAAGAACUUGAUCAGGGUCAAGUUAGUGGACCAGAAGAAAGAGAAGAUGGAAGUUCACCUGAGAGAGAUUCCAUUCAGCCUGUGUUUGAUGAAAAACUCACAGAAGACUCACCAAAUGCCUUGAUCAGUGAAACAAAUAUGUCGACUACUGCAUCUAAACAUGCAGACGCCAAUGUUAUUGGUGUUGAAACAAGAGAAGACAAUUCAAAUGUUCUGUCACCUACAGACAUCACAUCAGACGAGUCUGAGAGUUCAGAUUCUGAAAGUGCUGGUUCAAGUCCAACUUGCACUAGCCCAUCAGAAUCAGUUCAGGCCUCUCCUCACAUUUCUGAUGCUGCAGCAGUUAUUGCCCCUGACAACACAAUGAAUGCAAAAGAUGAGCACUACUUAAAGAAAAGCCAGAACUCCAGUAGCAGACGUGGAGUGACAUUUAAAGCAGGACUGAUUGCAGACGCCAAACAGGAAGUCUACAAUGGUGCACUUCUCUCAUUUAAUGAGAUCAUUGGCCAGUCCAGCAACUUGACAAAUUUUAUCUUCUCAAAGUUCUACAUGGCCUGUCAUGCUGAGGCUAAUGGACUCCAGGCAGAAAAGGGUUACAUGGAGACUGGGGAAGAACCCUUAGCUGAGGCCUUGCGCAGUUGUCUCAACAAAUAUAACAAAGGCACCUCUCAGAGAAUCGAUUUAGUAUUUUUUUCAGAGGCCAUACAUCACGCGGCUAAGCUCAGUCGUGUUCUUUCCCAGCCAAGAGGUCACGCCCUCCUGCUGGGCAUGAGCUACUGUACAGGCAGAGCAACACUGACCAGACUGGCAGCCUAUGUGUCCCACUGUAAGCUGUUUGAACCCAAGCCACAGUCCCUCCCCUCCCACAACCUGCAGGUGUUGAAGAGACACAUCAGGCUCAGCUGCCACCAUGCUGGCAUCAAUGGCAAGCCUGCAGUUCUGUUGGUGCAUGAGGAUCUGGGGGAGGAAUGUCUCUACGAUGUAGCAGCGGUCAUGGGCGAGGGAUCCUUUUUGGGGUUCUACAGUGAAGCAGACGUCCAGGAGAUUGUGGGCCACAUCCUGCCUGGAGGACUUCAGACCAAAAAACUUGACCAGAUUGAGCAGGCCUUUGACAGAUACAUGAAGAGGAUCAGACAAAAUCUCCAUGUUGUUAUUUGUCUGAAUUAUAAAGGCAACAGUUUUUCAAACAAGAGCUACAGCCUUCAUGAGAAGCUGCAGCUGCACCCAGGGCUGAUCAAGAACUGCUUCAGCCUUGACCUUUACCAACCUUGGAGCUUCACUUCCCUGGCCACUGUUGCAAAAACCUGGCUAGAGGACACAAAAUCUGGCGUUGUGAUCCCAUGGAAUCCCCAACACAGAUGUAAACAAAUCGAUACUGCAGCAAAUGCCAUGGCUUACAUCCAUUUGUCAGCCCAAGUUUCUGUUGCUAGGCAAUUUUGUCAUCAGAGAGAACCAUUGAGAAUUUUCACCCCUCUGACUUUCAUGGAGUUUGUUCACCUUUUUAAGAUUGUCGUGGCCUACCUAGUAAAAACUGAAAAGGCCAAGGGUAAGAAGUAUGAGCAAGCCUUGGGAAAGAUAGAUGAAGCUUUUGGUAGUAUAGCAGAGUUCAAGAAGGAAGUUUCUAGCCUGGUGCCCCAACAGAAAAAUGCAACCAGUAAAAUAGUUGACUUGGUUUCACAGGUGGAAACUUACAAGCAAGAUUACAUACAGGCUUUAGAACAAUGUAAGGUGCAGGAAGAAACCAUCAACCAGCUCCAAGAACCCCUGGAGAAACUGCGUUCAUCUGCACAAACAGAAUUUGAUACGGUGAACCCAGUUUAUCAAGCAGCAGCUAAAGUGCUGGACAACCUGGAUGUCAGUGCUGUGGAAGAGCUCAGAAGUUAUCCCUCUCCACCUGAAGGAGUUAAAUUUGUCAUGAAAGCUGUUUGUUUAUUGUUCAACAAACCUCAGACAUGGGAGGCAGCCAAAUCCAUGAUGGUGGACACAAACUUCUUUGAGAACCUGAUAUUUUAUGACAAGGACAACAUCCCAGAGGACAUGUACAAGGACCUGAAGGACUUUGUCCACAAGGAAGAGUUUGUGCCUGAGUUUGUGGCCCAGUCCAGCUCAGCUGCUGCCUCCAUCUGUGCCUGGGUUAGGGCUGUCUUCAACUACAACACCAUCCAGAGGAAGAUGAAGCCACAUCUUAAAAGUCUCCAGGAUGCUGAACACAAGUUCUCUAAGGCUCAAGCCCAGCUCGGCCAACUGCGUAUUGAAGCAAACAAGAAAAAAACAAACCUAGAAGAAUUUAUCAGCCAACACAAGGAAGCCAUGAAGAUGUCUAAAGCUAUAGAGAAGCAGAUUCAGGUGGUUGAGAAAAGAAUCGUGCGUGCCAACAACUUGAUGGAGAACAUGUCCAUGCAACAUUUCCUGUGGCGCUCAGAGCUUAAGAAAACACGCAAACACGUGGCCAGUGCACCUGGAGAUGCACUCAUCACCGCAGCCUGUGCUGCUUACCAUGGACCACUGGAUGACAAAUCCAGGCUGGAUCUGAUCCAGGACUGGCUGAACCACAUCAAACAAAACACUUUGGACGCUCAGGCUUUCCAGCGCAGAGAGCCGUAUUCCAUGACAGCUGACCUUGAACUUUUGAUGGACCAGAGCUUGCUCCGGAGUGAUGGCAGUCAAACAACUUCCUUCUCACAUGGGGGUGGUACCUGUCACAGUGAGCACAGCUCCUCAUGUCCACAGGUGAAAACCUUCAAGUACGUGUCAGCGGUGUAUGACAGCAGCAAGUACUACAAGUCUGACCUGAGGAAACAGGACACCAUGGAGAGUGUGGUGGCAGAGCAGGACAUGCUGGAGGACUCAGACGAUGAGGACGAGCACACCAUCCUCCCCACACGACCCAACUUCACCCUGCAGGAGAUUUUGUCUGACUUUGAUGAGCUGAGUGAAUGGAGGAUGUCCAACCUACCAACAGAUCUGCACUCAAUUCAGAAUGCCCUAAUGAUGCGACUGUGUUGCCACAAUCGCAAACAUUGCUGGCCACUCCUGAUUGACCCAGAUAACCAUGCAGAAAUGUGGGUCAGAGCUUUGCACAAAAACCAAAACAUUUUUACCCAGAAGGAUGUGGCUGAUUUCCCUGUUGAAGAUGAGAUUCCAAUAGAAGAAGAAAAUGAAAGUAGAAAUGAAGAGGCCAAACUUGACCCUCCACCAAGUCGAGGCACAAUGUUGACAUUUUCUGACAUGACCGAGUACACAAUCCCAGAAUCCAAUCAGUGGUCAACGCCUCGAACUUCAGCAAGUCGAGGUGGAGCAUCUCUGAGAACAGGAGACAGUGAUGAACUCCGACCUGUGACCUCUGUGACCAACAGCUGGGACACCUACAGCCUUCACCCUGACUCAGAGCUGGACACAACACAAGCUGGUCUCUGGGUGCUGGAGGCAGACGAUCCAAGCAUCAACUCCAGGCUCAUUAAUGCCCUUGUCCAUGGUGUACCUGUCCUAGUGACCCACCUGGAGCGGAAACCCCUGGACCCAUUUUUCCGAGGGUUGUUGUUGAAGCAAUUUUAUGUGGACAAAGAUGGAAACAAAAUUGUCAAAGUGGGUGACAUGGCCUUCAACUUUCACCCCAGCUUCUGCCUCUACCUCAGCACUACCAUCCCACUCUUUGUUAAAGGUGAUGGCCUGUACAGCAUCCCCCUGAACCGUGUAUGUGUGAUCAACAUGGCCGUCAGCGACGAGGCCAUCAUCAACCACCUGAUGUCGGAGACGAUGAAGGUUGAGAAAAAAGAAUUUGAGGGUCAGAGACGAUCUAAUGAAAAUGACAUCAUACUUCAUCGUCAGCGGCUGGCCAGGGAGCAUGAAAUCAUCCGUGAGAAAACCUUGAAUUUAACUGGCCCUCUGCUGGAGGACAAGACCAUGCUGGAUAGUUUACUUGUCUGUCAGACUAAUGUGGAACACAACCGGCAGAUCUUGCAAGAAACACGAUUCAUGGGAGAUCACUUGCACGGAAAGUUUUCCCAUUACUCUCCCUUUAUUAGGCACUCUGCUAUGUUGUACAAUGUGUUGCACAAGAUGUCUGCACUUUACCCAUGCUACUAUCUGCCAUUCUACAAGUUUGUUCAGAUGUUUGCUGAUGUCAUCAAAAGCAGAGAUAGGGGGAAGGGAAGCCUAGGCACCCCUCAGGCAAGAGCUCAAGAGCUGUCUGAUGCUGUCCUCCACGCUGUCCUGAAGUAUGUCAAGCUGAUGAUGUUUGAACAGCACUACAGCCUGCUGUUGCUGCUCAUCUCUCUGGAGCGAAUGCUGCGCCACCACAAGGCCAGCAGUAAAGAGCUCAGUCUUUUUGUCAAUGGCUUUGUCAAGCAGGGGCUGGAUGAUUCCAGUCUGGCUGAACAAAAACCUGAUUGGAUGGAUGCCACUGCCUGGAUAGACUGCAGCAUCUUGGAGUCUCUCCACCACCAGUUCCAGGGACUCUGUCACUCACUAGUCACCAACUCCCAGCAGUGGAAGGAAUAUUUUCAUCAUCAGAUUAGCCUAGUCAACACAGUGCCAGGAACCACACUACAAGACUUAAGUUUCUUCCAGAAAUGUCUGCUCUGGAAAUUUGUUUGCCCACAAAAGAUUUUAGAACUGUCCAAACAAAUAGUUUUGUAUGAACUGGGGAGUGCUGUUGAAGCAGCCAGUAACUAUGAUAUAAGAGAGGUCUACGCUUACACAGACCAGCACACACCCACCAUCUUUCUCUUCCCCUCGUCUGGCCAACUUGUGGAUGGAACUAAUGGCAUUCCUUACAUCAGCCCCGCCCACGAGAUCCAGCGUCUGGCCAGGGAGGUGGGGAUGGAGGGGAAAGUUUGUAUCCUCAACUUUGGGGCAGACUCUCAACUGCCUGAAAUCAGCCGAGCUCUGGAAGACAGCAUGGCGGCUGGGCACUGGCUGCUCUUACAAAAUUAUCACCUGGCUACACGGAUUGACCAGCACUUUUUUCAUUUGCUCAAGGACAUCAUCUACUCCCGCUGGGUGGAGGAUGAGACUGCAGACAAGGGAGACCACCCAGCUGAAGGGAAACAACUGGUGGCUAGAUCUCAGACAGUCUCUCAGUCCUUUUCAUCUAAGAUCCAUAACUCUUUCAGGCUAUGGAUAACCUCACAAGCAGAGCAUGAGAUGCCUGGGUUACUUAUCCAGCAUGGUCUCCGUGUGACCUGUGAGGUCACUGCAAACUUCCACAACCUCCUGGCCAAGUCCUACAAAUCUGCAGCUUUCUUGAUGACCAGGAACCUGAGCGCUGAUAACAUGGGACAGGAGCAGAGAUUUAAGUCAGUGAUGCCUUUAGCCCUACUGCAUGCCAUACUUGUACAACAAAGCUACUUUGGACACCAGGCUUUUGUCACCCACAAACUUUGGACAUUGAAUGACCUAGUCACAGCAGUGGACAUUCUACAAAGUCUGAAUUCCUGGACGUCAGAUAAACUAGCUUUAGCAGAAAUGAUAGGCCAGGUGUACACAAGACAUUGUGAGGAUAGAUCUGAAGUGCAGUGUGUUGAAGCAGUUGCUAACAGUCUGGCACUUUCUGCCAUACUUGGUGAGACUCAGAAGGAUAUACACCACAACAAAGGAUUUGAACUUCUUCUUCAAAAGCUAACUGAGAAUUAUUUGAAGACAAAUGAUAUUAUGAAAACUUUAGAUUCCAUUGAAGACACGUCUGCUAGAUGUUUCUGUCUUCCAGAAGAAGUUGAAGAGUUACACUAUAGAAACAAGAGCAGAGUUUUCCUCAAAGAAUUUGUUCAAGCAACUGGAGCCCCAGAACUUCUAAUGUCUGACCCUCCCAGGGGGUCAAGUAUCUCAGUGACAUCUGCUGUCCUGCAAACAAUAUCAGACAGUUUGUCACUUUGUCCAGAUUUGCCCAAAACUUCAACAGCUCAAAUUUUACCUUUAGAUGCAUUCUUCUCUCAAGAAGCAGAGGGCUACAGAAAACUCAAGACUUUCAUUGAGAGUGACCUGAACAUCUUACAAGGGGCUGUAAACAAUGGAACAUCCCUGACAGCCAAAAUGGCAUCUGUUCUUGAUGACAUCUGCAAUGACAGAAUCCCAAGUUCCUGGCUACACAUGACAUAUGUCACAUGCAGCAGCCUGAAACAGUGGAUGUCUGAACUACCAGCCAAGAUGGCGUACAUCAACUCAUGUCUGAGACAGACACCAACAGUCCUGGCACUUCCUAUGUUCCUCAGGCCAGAUAAGCUGUUCACAGUUGCCAUGCAGAUGUUUGCAAGGAACAACUUCCAGGACAUUGUUCACAUUGCUUUGGAUUUUCAGGUGAUGCCAGAUGAUUUCAAUGCUACAGUGAAAGCUGAGCAAGGUGUUUACAUAACUGGACUUCAACUGAAGAAUGCAUCAUGGGAUAGUAAACACCACCUCCUCAUUGACCCCAGCACCUGCACCAGUUCCUGCCAGCCGUUCCCCACCUUGUGUCUACAGGCCAGUAGUUUACCCAGCCAGACACAACAAGCAGACGUGUACCAGUGUCCACUCUACAGCAGUCAGCAGCCUGACCUGCACUCAGACUCCACCAGGCUCUACACUAUACCUUUACCCAGCAAUCAGCCUCCACACCUGUUGGCUCUGAGAAGAACACUUUUAACAUUGUCCAGUAUUGCCCAGCUAACUGCUGAAUCAGGAAUUUAAUACGAAUUAUUUUUUAUUUAUUUUAACUAGCAUGCAAUGUUUUCCAGUAUUGCCCAGGUAACUGCUGAAUCAGAAAUGUGAUACAAAUGAUUUUUUUUUAACUAGCAUGCAUUAUUUUCCAGUAUUGACUAGCAAACUGUGAAGCAGGAAUGUGAUAUCUAGUAAUUUAACUGGCAUAAAAUGUUACUCUAAAGAUUUAUUUCAUGUGAAUUGUUGUACUAUAUUGUUAGUUAGAUGAUGAGAAGUGUUUAAAACAUGCAUUAUUCUAUGCAUUGAACUGUUAAACUUUAUGUCAGUGGUCAAAAAGCUGUUGAACCAAUAUUUCCAGUAUUCAUGUGGCUUUUGAAGCAACGUUCAUUGUGUUUUUGUGAUGAUUUAGUUACAAUCAAUCCAUCAUGCCCUUUUGGAAAGUAUGUUAUCUGAUUUUAUCAGUUGUAUGUUCCUAAUUAGCAAUGUCCACUAAUAGAACGAGUUAAUUGUUUCCUGAUAGAAUAGGCCAAUUUGCUUAUGUUCUCAAUAAAAUGUCCAGUUCGCUCAUAUUUUCUGAUAGAAUUGGCUAAUUUAAUGUUCCAUGCUUGGAUUGGUCCUUUAAAUUUUUCUUGCAAUGAUAUUCAUUAUAUUCUUGUUUCAUAUGCACAACUAUUGAGACUAACCUAGGCCUAACCUAACAGUAUUUUUAACUAUCUCCAGAGUUGACAGAAUAUACUAUUUGUAAUUUAUUUUAAUAAUUUUUUUUGUGAAAACUAAAUAUGCCUAAUCCAC